UCCCUCAUAUCAAUAUGCAUGGCCUAUUCAAUUUCAUGGAAGGCCAACAACAAUUUAACUGCUUCAACUCUUUUGAAACUGUCAAAAACCAAUUAACAUAACUUGCAGUUAUCAAUCAUCAAUGAACACAAAAACUAAAACAAUAACAUUCUUUUCUUUAGAAACCUCAUUUCCUCUAUGGCUUUGAAUAUGAUAUUUCUUUUGUGUCUUUUUUUUCUUUUUCAUAUUUUUUCAAUACCAACAUGUUAUUGCCAAAACAAUUCUAAUUCUCUUCAAAACAUAGAAACUUUCUAUCCAAAUGAAACUUCACCUUCUUCACCAACAAAUCAAUUACCACCACCAUCACCUUCACCAACACCUCAAGGAUCAAUUGAUGUAUCAAAAAGUAGUUCAUCAAAUGCUAAGAUAGCAAAAGCUGUGGCUGCAACAGCAGCAAGCACUAUAGUUAUUUGUGGUUUAAUUUUCAUUUUAGUUAAAAGGUUCUUAAGGAAAAGAAAGAGAAAAUUAGAGACAAAUAACAAUACUUUUGAUGGAGAUAGACAAGUUGUUGUGGCAAAAGGGAAUGUUUUUGAAAGAAUUGAUGGAAAUGUGAGAGGUUUGAUUGUUGAUGAAGAUGGUUUGGAUGUUAUUUAUUGGAGAAAACUUGAAGGGAAGAACUCAAACAAGGAUCUUCAUAAAGAGGUAUUGAAUAGUCCUAAAAAUAAAGAGGAAUUGGAAGAUGAAAAUUCAGUGAAAAAAUCUAAGUCCAUUCAAGAAAUUCCACUUCUUAGAGGGGAAUCUUCAGCCUCUUGCAUGAAUAUAUUUCAAGAAGAGGAUGAGCCUUAUAGAAUUGCAAGAAUCCAUCCUUCUACUAGUUUUCGUGACGGAGUCGAUAUAACAGGUGUUCAGAUGAAAAGUCUGGUUGACAAACCAGAUUUUUCAUCUGAACCAUCCGCUCUACCAUCAAUACAACCGACUGUUUCUUUUUCCGCGGUUGCAGCACCACCUGCCCCUCCUCCAAUUCCAGCUAAGAAGAGUCCAGCAGCACCACCACCUCCUCCUCCUCAAAUGAAGACAAGGGCUUUGAAUUCAUCAACAAAACAUAUCUCCAACAGCAAUCAGAGAAACUCUUCAGGGAAAGGCAUGCAAGAAUCAAACAGUGAUCAAUUGAAGUUGAAGCCUUUACAUUGGGAUAAAGUGAAUACUAAUGCUGAUCAUUCGAUGGUUUGGGACAAAGUCGAUCGCGGAUCAUUCAGGGUUGAUCAAGAUCUUAUGGAAGCUCUCUUUGGUUACGUCGCAACGAACCGAAGGUCGCCUAAAGGAAAGAGUGAAUCAACAAGUCCAAGCAAUGAUGCCUCAACAAAAACAUUCCUUCUUGACUCUAGAAAAUCACAGAACAUUGCUAUUAUUUUGAAAUCUAUAGCCGUCUCACGAGACGAAAUCAUCGAUGCACUCAUGGAUGGAAAAGGCCUCAAUGCAGAAACACUUGAAAAGCUUUCAAGAGUUUCUCCAACAGAAGAAGAGAAAUCACUUAUCCUUCAAUAUAGAGAAGAUCCAUCAAAACUUGCUGCAGCAGAAUCAUUCCUAUAUCACAUCCUUAAAGCCGUUCCUUCGGCAUUUGAUCGCUUCAAUGCAAUGCUAUUCAGAUUGAACUAUAACUUAGAAAUUAUGGAAAUCAAAGAUUAUCUUAACACAAUUGAAUUAGGGUGUAAAGAGCUUAGAACUCAAGGACUUUUUUUGAAACUUCUUGAAGCAGUGCUUAAAGCAGGUAAUAGAAUGAAUGCAGGAACUGUUAGAGGUAAUGCUCAAGCUUUUAACUUGAAUUCUCUUAGGAAACUCAAUGAUGUCAAAAGCAACAAUGGAAAAACAACAUUGCUACACUUUGUAGUUGAUGAAGUAGUCCAUUCAGAAGGAAAACGCGCGGUUCUUAACCGCAGCGGAAGCCUAAACCGAAAUAACAGUAGGAGCAGAAGCAACAACAUUGACACAAAUUUUGUUUCUGAUGAACUAAGAGAAAGGGAAUAUACAAUGCUAGGGUUAUCAAUUGUGGGAGGAAUAAGUUCUGAAUUCUACAAUGUUAAAAAAGCGGCGAAUUUCGAUUAUAAAAGUUUAGUUGGUUCAAUUUCAGCACUGUCAAAUAGGCUAGUUGAAAUUGAAGAACUUGUUAACCAAUGUGGGAAUGGUGAAAGAGGGUAUUUUGGAAAAGAAAUGAAAAGUUUUAUUGGAAAUGCUGAGGAGGAAUUGAAACUAGUGAGGGAAAAACAAACAAGUGUGCUGCAAGUUCUUAGUAAAACAACUCAAUAUUAUGAAAGUGGUGGAGAUUCAAAAGUAAAUGCUGAAAAUAGUGUUGAAUUGUUUGUCAUUGUUAAGGAUUUUUUGGGAAUGGUUGAUCGAGUUUGUAUUGAAAUUGCACGUGACAUGCAGAAGAAGAAUUCCAAAGGAACAAAUAAGUCGUGAAAUUUUCAAGAAUUACAGUUGCGUGAAGAAGAUACCUUACAUUCAAAAAAAAAUAUAACUCUUGGAAAUGGUCAAUGAAUUUUAACUACUGCUUAGAGUUUUGUUGUAUGGACCAAAGCUUUAAUAGCAAGAAACAAAUUAUCAUGGCAUCAAAAAGAGAGUUAGUCAAUGGCCUAAAACUUAAAGACUAUGUUCUUCUCCUAGCCAAUGAAAAUUCACUAGCAAUGUGGAAGUUGGCUAUGAUUUUAUAAUUCAUAAUUUAUCUAUUAUAGUUUUCAUGUAAAUUAACUAGGUUAUGAUUUUCUGUUUUUGUACAUUCACUUGUAUUUUUGUAAUUUUUUAUAAAUUGAUUUAUUUUUGAAAAAUUAAAUGGAUAAGAUGGUGUGGAGCAAUUGACUUGGCAUAUCUCAUAGGUCACACAGAAGGGAACAAGUCUAAUCAAGAUAUAUUUGACUUCAUGAGCCACUUCAAAUCAUGUCAUCCACUAUGUUGUUAUUUUAUCUUUUUUGCCUAAAGAAUUAAUCAUCAUUGAUUGCUA